AUGCUGAAAAGAGGUAAUAAUGUUAUGAGUUACCUGGACACAGCACUUGAGUUAAAUAAGGAGACACAGCCUGGGCCAGAGCACUCUGAGAGGACAGGAGGUGAAAAUGACGAUGAAGAUUAUGGCACUGCCCUGCUGGAGAGCCGGCUCAGUGUGGGUGACUUUGAGAAAAUACAGAGCGCCUUCGAGUCCCCAGAGCCAAGGAAAACCAUUUGCAUGUCCAGAGAUGAAUUCAUGCAGAGGAUGACAGAGACCAUUGGUUGGGGCACGAAAGAAGAAUAUGGGGAGCUCUUUGACAAAGUGGAUGUGGCCCGGGAUGGCUUUAUUAAUUGGGACAAGCUGAGCUCCUUUAUUCUGCUAUCUCUUUAUGAAAAAGAUGAACGGACCAAGGCAAUGCUGGUUCCCCAGUGGAAGGAUCUGGAAUUCCUCCCCGGAAAGCACAAGGACACUAUUCAGAAAGUAAUUUUCUUAAAAAGUUCAAGUCGAUACCUGACUAUCAGUAAGGAAGGUUUAUUAGGGCUCUGGGGAGAGAAUUUGAAGCUCCAAGAAACACUUCCUAUCACUUCAGAUUCCACCAAGCUCAAACACCUGUGGGUGACAAGUCUGGUAUCUCUGGAAAAUGUAAACAAGAUAGCAGUAGCGUUUACAAGCAAAGAGAUUUGUUUCUAUGAUUUACCAUCCAAAGAAGACUUUCCCUGUCAAUAUAAAGUCCUAGGCCUAAAAGGAACACCGAUAUGCAUGGAUUAUUGGUACGAUCCUUUUGAUGCCAAUGAAUCAAUCCUGUCUUUUGGGGAUAUAACUGGGAAGGUUCAAGCAAUCGCUUUCACGGCAGCCUUGAUUUCCCUGUUUGAACGGCCUGCAGGUGGCUGUGAAGUUGAGGAAGCCACGAUGACCACGACCUGGGCAGAGCUCGUCUCUGGCUGUCACAAAUGCUGCUAUGUAUUAGAACACACUCUUCAUCAUGGAGACUGGGUGCGGCAAGUUACUUACAGUGCGUCAUUGGAUGCUAUCAUUUCCUGCACAACCACUGGUACAAACAGCGUGGUGCUGGCUUGGAGAGAGAAAUCAAAAAAGCAUCUUAAAAUGACAUCCUUCAACAUUGCCCAGGGCGUUCAUGGUUUUGAUUACCACUCUCGGCUCAAUUUAAUUGCAACUGCUGGCAUUAACAAUAAAGUUUGCCUUUGGAAUCCUUAUGUCGUCUCUAAACCAGUUGGGGAACUCCGGGGUCACUCAGCCAGUGUAAUAGCUGUCCAAUUCUUUGCUGAAAGAAAACAACUUUUCAGCUUUUCCAGAGAUAAAGUUUUGAGGCUCUGGGAUAUUCAACACCAGCUGUCCAUCCAGAGAAUUGCUUGUCAUUUCCCCAAGGGUCAAGACUUCAGAUGUCUUUUCUACUUUGAUGAAGUCCAUGGACGACUUUUCAUUUCAUUUAAUAACCAGCUCGCUUUGCUGACAAUGAAACGCGAAGUCAGCCAGCGGGUGAGAAGCCACACGAAUGCUGUUACAUGCAUCCUUUACAACUCACUCUCGAAGCAGGUAAUCAGCGCUGAUGUGGGGUCUGCUGUUUCCUUCUGGAUGAUAGAUACCGGGCAGAAAAUCAAUCAGUUUACUGGUUGCCAUGGCAAUGCAGAAAUCAGCACCAUGGCCCUGUAUGCAAAUGAGACUCGGCUUUUGACUGGCGGCACAGAUGGGACUGUGAAGGUGUGGGAUUUCAAUGGACAUUGUCACCACACAUUAAAUGUCAAGCAGGAUGGUGCUGUAGAUAUUUCACAGAUCCUGGUUCUGAAGAAGACAAUUCUCGUGGUAGGCUGGGAAAGAACGAUUACUGUGUUUCGACCCCAGAACUUCAAUCAGUUUUCCAUCCCGAGUGAAGAAUGGAAAGGAGGAAGCAAGCACCACGACGAUGUCUUGUGUGCCGCAUUUUUACCUCCUCAAACUCUUGCUACAGGGAGUUAUGAUGGAGAAAUCAUUCUGUGGAAUAAUAGCACAGAGAAUGCUUACUAUGUCCUUCAUCCUGAUUACCAGAGACAGCUCAACUCCAAAUUAGAUAAAGAACCUCAAAGGCUUCUCGGUGCUGAGGGGAGCUGCUCCACCCACUCCAUGGCACACCAGCCUCCCCCAAACUUCGAGCCAGACACAGAGGGCAAUAAUGCAGUGACAAGGCUUUGCUUCCUUGACUCAAGGAAAAACAUUGCCACCACAGAAGGUGCCAACUUGGUAUCUUGUGGAGGAUCUGGCUUUGUGAGGUUCUGGGAUACAUUUAAGAAACAACUUCUGGCUGAAUUUUUGGCUCAUGGUGGAACUGGCUCCAUUAUUAUGUCUAUUGACAAACUGAACAGAUACCUUACCACAGGGACCACUGAUGGAUGGCUGAAAACCUGGGACAUAGAGGAGUACUGUCUUCAUUCCAGUAAGAAUAAAAUUAUGCAAGCGCCCCCUCUGAUAAGAUCAUGGCGACCUCAUGAGGACAGAAUAAGCUCCUUGGAGACUUGUGAGACAGGCGGCCGUGUGCUGAUCAUCUCUUCUUCUGCCGACAGCAGCAUCUGUGUCUCGGGCCUUGGCGACACACCUGUUCUCAUCUUUGGUCAGGCAAAACCCUGGCAUAUUGAAAGCUGUCUUGCUCCUCCUAAAGGAAAUGUGGAUUUAGUAGAAAGUAAGAUUCAAGAGGAAAACAUGAAAGCAAAGUCUUCAUCUAAAGAGGAUGUAUUUGCAGACCCAAGUGAACCCUGUCUGCUUAGUAAAGAAAGUGAAGAUGACCCAACACAGAAUGUCAGAGCAUCAGAAGACAUAAACUUUGUUAUACCCUACAAGGGAAGAAACAUCUACAGGAAAAAAGCAGAUAAACUUUACUGUGGUGAAAUUACACAAAAAGCAGCCACUGCAUUUAGGUCAUUAAGUAUUGGAGCCCUACGAGAGGUGCCUGAGGUGAAUAAACCCGCUCUUCUUCUAGACCCUGACAAAUACUUUAGGAGAGAACCAGAAGAGGAGGAACCCCACGUUCCAGCAAGGCCUUUACUUUCUGAAACUUUGAAAGCUGUGUUUGAUGAGAAAAACCUGUUCCCUAAGGAAAUUCUGGAUCGUGACAGAAAAGCCAAGAAAUUAUGCGAGGAAACAAGUUGUGAAGUGAAGAUAAAAAGAAAUAAGAGGCAACUAUAA